AAGGAGAAAGUGAAGACAAGAGACUGGGGGACGUCACUCGUCAUCACAGAGAGCCAGCGUUGCCGCCACGCACCACCAUCACCACCACUACCGCCGCCGCCGCUGGCAUAAAUAGGGUUUUGCCUGACCGGCAGGAGAAUGAUGGGAGGAGCCAAGGAGCAGCGAGUGGACCCAGAGAAUGGGACAUGUUUUUAGAAGAAACAGGAGAAGACGGUUUCUCUCCUGGUUUUUCAUUUUCUAUCCCCGGUCCAUCUACUCAGCUAAAUCCAACCACUACAUCACUUACCACUGCAAGACCAGAUCCUUACAAAGUCCCGGAGAUCUGUUUCUCUAAUCUGUUGAAACAAUGCAAGUUAGAAGGUCAAUGCCCAGACAUGCAUUAUCACCUGCCGCACCGCUGGCAGAUUAACAAAGGAACCGACUGGGAAGAUAUCCCAAAUAUGGAGGAGAUUGAGAAAUGCUACUGCGACCCAUCCACUGACAGCGUUCAAUCAAUUGACUUUGUGACUAUGAGGUCCGGCGUGCACCCCGUUCGUCGUCUCUCCACUGUCUCUUCUGUCAAGAAGCCGCCUGGAUACGACCUGACCACCGAGUGGCUGUGGUACUGGAAGCAUAAAAAUGGCGCCUGGACACCGUAUGGCCAAUCUAACGUGAUAACAGCGAGCACCGCCAUGUCUUCUUCAGACCUAGAAAACGUGUAUCUCGCAUUUCCCACCUCAGUUGUUCCUUUCAUCGUGGGCAGGCACUGCUAUGAGAUCAAUUUCUCAGAAAUGAAGCAGAGGAACAUUUGGUACGAAACGGAGAGAGAAGUGCGCAGGAGACCGAAAUAUCAAAGUCUUAUGGACUUACUGAUGAGAAGUAUGAAAUUAUCAGCAACUGUGUUGCCCCCGAAGUCAGCACCGCGCGUCACUAACUUUCCACAGGAAAUUCAGUCAGAAACGUACUUUAACUCAGCAUCGCUCAUCACUAUGCCAGGACCGCCCUCCCUGGAGUCAGCACGGCCGACUUUCAUCUACCCGAGAACAUGGGACACUUCAGCGCUGCCAGAUAUCAACUGUCAGAAAGUUCCCGUCUCUCGCAUGUCCAGGGAGUUCUCAGAAAUUGUCAGCAGCUUCACCAAUACGGUCAGCGGGCACGUGGUGAAGAAGCUGUGGCGUCUCCAGAACCCGUCUCUGUGGCAGGUGUUCACGUGGCAAAAGGAACAGAUGAAAAAUAGAAAUCAGGGACAAGACGUGAAGGAAAUGCGACUGUUUCACGGCACAGACACGGCACACAUAGACGCCAUCUGCAAUCAGAACUUUGACUGGCGUCUCUGCGGCACCCAUGGCACUGCUUAUGGACAAGGAAGUUACUUUGCCCGAGACGCCUUGUACUCCCACAAAUACUCCUCUAAGGCUCCUGAUGGGACGCGGUUGAUGUUCAUGGCUCGUGUGCUGGUGGGAGACUUCACCAUAGGAAACCAACAAAUGAAGCGCCCACCGCAGAGACCCGGCAGCACCACGGAGUAUUAUGACUCCUGCGUGAACAACGUCACCGAUCCCUCCAUCUUUGUGGUGUUUGAGAAGCAUCAGAUCUACCCCGAGUAUCUUCUGGAAUACGAAGAGGAAGAAUACGAAGAGGAAGAAUAUGAAGAGGAAGAAUACGAAGAGGAAGAAUACGAAGAGAAAGAAUAUGAAGAGGAAGAAUACGGAAGAAUACGAAGACGAAGAAUUUGAAUAAGAGGAAGAAUUGAAGUAAUCUGAAAUUAAAAACUGCAUGCUAAUAAUAACAAUAAUAAGUAUAAUAAUAAUAACACACAGUUUUAUUGUUAAAUAACGAAAAUUUGUCAACAUUUUGUCCAAACUUGUCCAUAAUACAAAUAAAAUUAUAUUAAUUAAUUAAUUAAUUAAACAAAACAUACUGAUGAAAAACAGUAAAUUAAAGGCGCUAAUUGUCUGAUUGUUACGCUGAGCGCUCUAUAAAGCGCGCACGUACCGGGACUCUUAAAUUUAAAGGGCCAGUGCACCAGUGAUUGGUGCCUGGUCCAAAGUGGUUAAUCUAGGGUUAAAGGUUCUGCUUUGACUUAAUUAGGCCGGCACCUGUGCACUGCCUAUAAGUACCAUCUCCUCCCACAGCUUCCUGCCGGAUCUUUGUUGCCUUCGUGCACUAUAGAAAGCGUUUGUGUGUAUUCCCUGCUUGUUGCUGAACCUGUUGCUAUUGACUACCGCCUGAGAACCGUUGCCGCCUGCCCUGACCUUUUGCUACCUCUGACCUCGCCUCUCCCUGAUCUUCUUGUACCUUGCUUCAUCUCAGCAGCCAGAGAGGUUGAGUCGAUACUGGGUGGAACAACCUGGGGGUUACGUGCCGCAGCAAGACCAUCCCGCUUUGCGGCGGGCUCUGUUUAAAACCAGUAACUCCUUAGACUCCGUUCGCCUGGUACGGCCCAAGUCAUCUCCUCUCUGGCACAGCGGAUCCACCUCCAGCUCCUGCUAGCUCCUGCCAGUCCGGAUCACUGAUCAUGGGAUCUGACCUCUGAGACCCCCCCCCCUUUGAGAUUUCCUGAACGGGGUCCUGGCUUCUCUAGCUGAGUGCUCCAUUCCCACCUCCUGAGGCACACUUUCCUCGACAGUGAAGGCCCGUUUGGCCAAUCACCUGCAUCCGCUGAUUGAGCAGUCAAUGCUGAGACAAGACCAUCUGGGAAAGUGGGGACUGGAGCGAUCGGCAAGAUUAGCCAAAGCCCUAUUUUGGAGACUACAACUGCCGGACUUGCCUAAGUAAGUUCCAAGCCACACCCCUACUUCAACCCCUUAAAGGGAUACUCCAGGGGAAACAUAUUUUUUUUUAAAUCAACUGGUACCAGAAAUGUAAACAGAUAUGUAAAUUAAUGUAGCUACAAAGGUACACGCGUGCACUCACCGCUCAACGGAGACUGUUCAGCAUGGGAGCGUGUGUCAGCGUGUGAAACAGCCGGCGUAGCCUCCGAGCGCCCACCUGCCUGCACCGAUGCUGUGAUCCAGCCUUUCCGUGGACUGGACUCCCAUGCUGAACAGUCUCCGUUGAGCAGUGAGUGCACGCGCGUACCUUUGUAGCUACAUUUGUUGAUGCUUCACACUUUUCGUAUGUGCACCCCGCAGGAGACACAUUUGUAGGCCUCCGAUGUCAUGCAGUAUCCCCGUUUUUCAGGUGCAGUAACGCUAUAGUGUGCCCUCUCCUUUCCUGGUCUUUUUAGAUAUGUAAAUUACUUCUAUAUAAAAAUCUUAACCCUUCCAGUGCUUAUCAGCUGCUGUAUACUACAGAGGAACUUUUUUUUGUUUUUGAAUUUCUUUUUAUUGACAUGAUUUUUUUAUGGGAAAAGGGGAGGUUAAAACUUUUUAUUAGAGAAGGGGUUAAUUCACAUCUAUUACUUGUGUUUUUUUUUUUUACAUUUUAGACUUCAAUCAACUUUGAUCACAGCGCCUAAGGGGUUAAUGCUAGGCACUGUGAUCGGUGAUGUCUGGCAUAAGCCACAGGUGCGGGUGGCAUCCCACUAUGAUGUGCGCUCAUCUAAAGCCAUGAACACCGAAAUAAUCGGCGGGAAAUUCACUUGGCUGAAAAGACCAAAAGGGCCAUAUUUGGAGGAAAUUUGGUGCAUCCCUAAUAUAUACACAUACAUAUAUAUAUAUAUGGAUAUAGUGAUGUCCCCACCUAUAAUGAUACCUUUCAGAUACCCCCAUCAGUUCCUCUACUCUUUGAAAUUCCCCCCCUAUAUAUUUGGAUUUUGUGUAUUUCAUAUAUUUCUGUGAUUAAAUGAAUAAAGAAUUUAAUAUUUUAC